AUGUCGUCGGCGCUGGGGCCAGACGACUUGGCUCGGUACAGUCGGCAGCUGAUCCUUCCCGGCUUUGGGGCAGAUGCCCAGCGCGCCUUGAAAAAAGCUCGCGUGCUUGUGGUGGGAGCAGGGGGCCUGGGAUGCCCGGCUGUGCAGUACCUUGCCGCAGCUGGUGUAGGUCACAUUACCAUAGUGGACAAUGACUGUGUCGAGCGCAGUAAUCUUGCGCGCCAAGUCUUGCAUACGGAUGCGCGUAUUGGGAUGAACAAGGCAGCCUCGAUAGCGCAGGCCGUGUCGCUGCUGACCCCCCACACACACGUCGAUGCCGUACAGGCGCCGUUUACGCCCGCGAAUGCCUAUGAGCUGUGCCAAGCGCACGACGUCGUGCUCGACUGUACAGACCGCGUCAUGAUGCGGUACCUCGUUUCGGACGCGGGUGUGCUGGCGGGUAUCCCCAUCGUCAGUGGCGCCGCGCAGGGCUACGAUGGCCAGCUUGUUGUCUUGCACCGCGACUUGGGCGAAGGCCGGCGCGGGCCAUGCUAUCGGUGCCUCUUUCCGCAGUCUCCGCGACCCGAGCACACGCAGAGCUGCGACGAUGGGGGUGUGCUGGGCUGUGUGACGGGCCUCAUUGGCACGUGGCAAGCCCUCGAGACCAUCCAGCUGCUGACAGGCCUGGGCGACCGUACGCCGUCGAUGCUGUUUCUCUCGCCGCUUUCUCUACCAUCUGUCCGGUGCGUGCGCGUGCGCGGAAGCCAGACGCAGUGCCGCGCGUGCGGACGUGCGCCUGACCGGAUCACGAGCUUGGAACAGGAAGACUACGAGACGUUCUGUGGCCUGCAUCAUCGUGAGCGCCAUGUGCCGAGUGUGGAUGUCGAUGACGUGCACAGGCCCGAUGUCCUCGUCGUCGAUGUGCGGCCCCUACACGAAUAUGGCAUCACGGCCCUCCCGCACUCGUUGCACAUGGCAUGGGACACGAUCCGGCGCGAUGUGCAAGGGGCGCGCACAGCGAUUGCCCAGGCUGCGCAGGGGCGCGACGUGCUCGUUGUUUGCCGCCGCGGCAACGAUUCUCGGGCAGCCGUGCACCUAUUGGACAUGCCGCGAUGCCAGAACGUGCGUGGUGGACUGCGGGCGUAUGCGGACAAGCACCCCGACUUUCCCAUGUACUAG